UUACAGGAAUUUGAGUUUUCCAUUGCAACAACAUGGGACGGGGAACCAUUAAACCACAGUCCUGUAGAGUUUAAAGUCAGUGCAGUAGAUGAGACCUCCGUCAAGGUUGAUGUGAGAGGACCUCUGUUUAAUGAUCCAGGACUACCUCCUGCUCCUUCAGGAAGUCCCUGCCCUGAAUUGUGGGAGUUUGAAGGUGAGGGAUAUUAUAAAAAGUGUUUAAAUUGUAUAGGCUAGAUGGUCCAAAGAAAUGGGAUAAAUUUAGUGAUUGAAUGUAAUUAGUAGUGUGGGAAUCACCAAUCAUGCCGGAAUAUUUAUAGCUACAAUUAUGUUAAUUCACAGUUCCUGAACACUGGUGGUGACCUUGUGUUUUGUUUUUUCAUUAUUCUUGUCAUGGACUGGGUAGGUUACAGGAAGCUCAUAAAUGGACUACGAGGAGUUACCAGUGCUGCCUUUGUAUGCUAACUUCCAAGCUUACUAAAUAUUCAAAUGUGAGAGGACACGCUGUUGUCCUCUUAGCCUGUGAGGAAGCUCUCCUAUUUAGGCGAACGAAGCGAGCUUGCGAGAACGUGCAAGCGGGGGGCCCAGUAGGAGGAGGGGCCGCUCCUCUGACCCGCUCGAUCGCGCGUUGUCGCGAGACUCACUUUGCUCACCCAAAGAGGAGAGCUAAUGCUCGCAGGCUAUUGUCCUCUCCUCCACAGCACCUCAUUCAUUCAUAGGCUACUGACAGGUCAGGUGGUAUUUGCCAACUCAAAAGAUUUGCACUUUUUUAAAGCUUGCCGUGUUUUUUCUCUUCUUACUAUUUGUAUAUUAUUGAGAUGGUUUAGAUUUUCAAAGCCCCGGCAGCAUGUAUGUAUUCUCCCAAAAAUUCAUCGAGUACCCCACCCCCCUUGAUCCUAGAUGUAGGGUACAUAACUACAUGUUAAUAACCUUUCAGUGGCUGAGAUAUUCUUCCUGGGAGCAGAUGAUAAAUAUUUGGAGGUGGAGUUGAGCCCGUAAGUUAAGUCAUUUUCUAUUCCAGUUCACAUCGUAUAUUUUAUUGUGUGCUCAGCUCAAAUGCAGCCGUCUUGAUCUAUAUUGUACAGGCAUGAAAAAAAUAACUACUGCAGUUGUUUCUCAUAACAGGAAAUGAGUUAUAAGUAAUAAUAUUAUUUUCUCCUCCUCUCCCCUUCCCCCUCCCCCCUGCUUCCCCACCUCUAAUGGGAUUAUAUCAGUGGGAACAUAAAUUAACCCAUUUUCCCAUGGGGCAGAUGACAGUCAACUGAGGAAAUUUUUGUCUUCAAACCUCAUCAUCAUUAUGCAUGGAAAAAAGGUCCGUCAGGGUGAAAAUUGGAUGUUCUUUUCUUUCUAGCCAUGGCCAGCAUCUUGUCCUACUUCUUAAUGGAAUGAGAAACAUGAUCAAGGUAAAUGAAAUGUCCACCCCUGCCUCCUACCUUUUACAUCAUCCUUGUCUUGAAGUUUUUUGGCUUUUUUGUCCUUGACUGAAACCACUGUUUGCCUAUCUAAAAUUUGCUUUCAUAUUUUGACGUGAGGAUAAACUUGCCCUGAGUUAUUCAGCUACAAAAGAUAAUGUACAGAAAAAAUGGAAAGGAAGUGCUACUGUUCCUCUUGACUACUUUCCUCCUGGUGUGGUGAAACUUAAUGCAUAUGCCAUCCAUGGGACAGGACGUGACAGAUGCUAUGAAGCACUUUAUCCAGCCACAAAGGAAUUUGACAGACCUGACUUGUAA